ACGACUGUCCGGGCCACAACUGCCAGAAUGGCGGCAUCUGUGUGGACGGUGUGAACACCUACAACUGCCAGUGCCCUCCUCAUUACACAGGUCAAUACUGCACAGAAAACGUGGAUGAGUGUGAGUUGAUGCCCAACGCUUGCCAGAAUGGAGGGACGUGCCACGACACUCACGGCAGCUACCACUGCGUCUGCGUCAACGGCUGGACGGGCGACGACUGCAGCGAAAACAUUGACGACUGCGCCAGCGCCGCCUGUUACCAUGGCGCCACCUGCCACGAUCGUGUGGCCUCCUUCUUCUGCGAGUGUCCUCAUGGUCGCACAGGUUUGCUGUGCCACCUCGAUGACGCCUGCAUCAGCAACCCGUGUCAGAAAGGCUCCAACUGUGACACCAACCCCGUCAACGGCAAGGCCAUCUGCACCUGCCCCCCCGGGUACACCGGCUCCGCCUGCAACCUGGACAUCGACGAGUGCUCCCUCGGUGCCAACCCCUGUGAGCAUGGCGGGCGCUGCCUCAACACCAAAGGCUCGUUCCAGUGCAAGUGUCUCCAGGGAUAUGAGGGCCCUCGCUGUGAGAUGGAUGUCAAUGAGUGCAUGUCUAACCCCUGCCACAACGAUGCCACCUGCCUGGACCAGAUCGGAGGCUUCCACUGCAUCUGCAUGCCAGGAUACGAGGGUGUGUUCUGCCACGUCAACACAGAUGAGUGUGGGAGCCAACCUUGUCUCAACAACGGCAAGUGUGUGGACAAGAUCAACUCCUUCCACUGCGAGUGCGCCAAAGGUUUUUCAGGGAGUCUUUGUCAGGUGGAUAUUGACGAGUGUGCCAGCACCCCCUGCAAGAACGGAGCUAAAUGUACUGAUGGUCCGAACAAGUACACCUGCGAAUGUGCUGAAGGUUACAAAGGGCAGCACUGUGAGACGGACAUCAACGAGUGUUACUCGGACCCCUGCCACUACGGCACCUGUAAGGAUGGCCUGGCCUCCUUCACCUGCUACUGCCGCCCGGGCUACACCGGCCGCCUGUGUGAGACCAACAUCAACGAGUGUCUGAGCCAGCCCUGCAGGAACGGAGGCACCUGCCAGGACCGGGAGAACACGUAUAUCUGCGCCUGUCCCCAAGGAAC